AUGAAGUUGCACUACAUCGGUAUCCUUCGCAAUGACAGCAAGCCCGCCGUCGAGCUGUGCAGCGAGAUGGAGCUGUCGGCAUACUCGAGAUUCACUAGGGGAAGCUACGCCGAGUUCAUGACUCUGUUUUCUAAAAAGGUCGCAGAGUCGACACGCCCUGGCCAGAGGCAAGAUAUCGAGGAGGGCGACAACACCUUCCACUGCGUAGGGAGAAGCGAGGGUAUCUGUGGCGUCAUCAUUUCCGACCACCAAUACCCGAGUCUAGUUGCUCACCAGCUGCUCUCCAAGAUUGUCGACGAGUUCCUCACCAAGCACCCCCGCUCCACGUGGGCAACGGGCGAGCCUAAGCUCGCCCUGCCCGAGCUUAAGGAGUACCUCACCAAGUACCAAGACCCUCAACAAGCGGAUUCCAUCCUCAAGAUCCAGAAGGAGCUCGACGAGACCAAGAUCGUGCUGCACAAGACUAUCCAGAGCGUCUUGGAGCGCGGCGAGAAGAUUGACGACCUGGUGGCCAAGAGUGAUGGCCUGAGCUCCCAGAGCAAGAUGUUCUAUCAACAGGCAAAGAAGCAAAACUCAUGCUGCAUCGUCAUGUAA